AUGUCGAGCCGAGAAGGAAAGCAGACCACUCAGUUAGUGGACUACGAGCUACAAGUGAAUGUCCAUUGCUUAGUCCCCGGGUUUACCAUUCCCUUUCCAGAUAGUGUUAAUAAGAAGGUUAAUGCCAGUAACACUAUCCUUAACUGGGGCGGCGUUAAGAUAGCAAAGAUAUCUCCUACAGUGGUUGUCAAAUUUGGAUCCCACGUCACGCUCAGCGAGGCGAAAAGCAUGAUGUCUGUUGAACAAAAUACAGAAACUGUCCCAGUACCAAAAGUCUUUGCUUGCUACUCUUACGGUCCGAUACACCGAGAUAACUACGGUAGUCUAUUUGAUACUUACAUAUUCAUGAGCUUGCUUAACGGAUAUCUCAGCGAACUUCGCAAAAUCGGCAACAGCAACUACAUAGGCUCGGUUGAUCUCGGCCCUGUUACUGAUCCAAUCUUGGAGAGUCAUCCCAUUCAAGGUCCAUUUGAAACUGAAGAGGCGAAUGUCUUAGCUGGCAUGCUGUCCCAGAACAGGCACCAGAUCCUGUUCACCCAUGGAGACCUACGCCUCCAGAAUAUCAUGAUCAAGGACGGAUGUGUCAGUGGGAUCUUGGACUGGAAGUUCAGUGGCUGGUAUCCUGAAUACUGGGAAUUCUCAAAAGCUCUCCAUGUCUGGAAGUGGCAAAAUGAUUGGACUGAAUAUCUCGUGCAGAUUCUUCAGCCUUAUUAUUCCGAAUAUGCGGUCCAUUCGUUCCUGACCGAAACACUAUGGUGA